AUGGGUCAGUUCUGUGAUGAGUUACCUGCUUCUUGCCUGGCCUGCCAGUACAACCAUUUCUGCACUUAUGGCAAAGAUGUUGAGGUAGUUUGCCGGCCUAAAGAUAACGUUAUAUGCAUGGGGCGGAGGAAUUUUUCCAAAACUUAUAAAUGUUUGUUCUGCUAUCAGACUCCUGCCAAAUACCACAAUUGCACAGUUUCAACAGCAUGUAGGGUUAAUACAUUUCCUAAACAACGAUACCAAGCCAACUGUACAGUUGACAAGAAUAUUUUCUGCAUUGGUCGAAGAAAGUUCUUGAAGAUGAGGGACUGCAACUGGACAUCGGGGAGAAGGUGGAGGACUGCCUUCAUUCUUAGCAUAACUCUGGGAGGAUUGGGCAUAGAUCGGUUCUACUUGGGUCUCUGGAAGGAAGGUCUGGGUAAACUUUUCAGUUUUGGAGGUGUGGGUGUCUGGACGUUAAUUGAUAUUCUACUGAUUGCUUCCGGUUACUUAACUCCAGCUGACGGCUCCCUCUAUAUUUAA